AUGCAAGUUUUGACUCGUGAAGAAGGGCUUAGCUCGCCAUCCAUGGGUAUUAUUGGGUCACUGGCUGCAUUAUGCACUUUCCUCUUCGCCGGUUGGACUCUUGCAGCUCCGGUGGUCAUCCUCGAUAAGUUAGCAAGCCAAGCAGGAAGUGCGUCGACCCAUGUGCGACCGAUCACGACCACAACUACGACCACCCAGCAGAAAGAAAUUCUGUCUAAACCCAAACAUAUCUUGGGUCUUCUUGCCUCUCCACGAGUUUCCAUAGAGAAGCACCCCGUCAUCAUCAUCGCAGAAGAUGGCCAGCGCAUUCAGUUACCUGACCACCUCGCCGGUGCCAAGGCCUGGGAAACGCCCAACGUUCUCCAUUUCCUCAACUCAUUGACCCGCCCUAAGAAGCACUCUCCAUUCCCUGAUUCGAGCAUCAUGAGAGAGGAAACCCGCGCGAACACGGCCGAUCCCGAACCCCAAGAAUCCAUUGUUGAGUUGGAAACCAAGGCAGAGCGGGAGUCAUGGGUCUACAUUCCUUAUAUGUCUCAAGACAAGGUCCUUCGCUUCCACUGUGUGCGAAAGGCCGCAGAUAAGGCCAUGCUCAUGGUCCCCCUAUCCAUCCUUUUUGUGAGCCUCUUCGCCUUGACUUGGAGUGCUCUACGAUACACAUUCUACACUCCCAGUGCCUCCAAGGAAGGUGCAAUUCGCCUUGAACAGGAGAAAAUGCUAUUCAUGGAGCCUCGUCUAGAAGAUGCAUGCCCACCGUAUUCACAUCAGCCUGCCUCUACGAUAUAG